CUAUAUGUGCACCCGCAGACACCACCCUGGUUCAACCGCUGUGGCCUCAGUUUGCUUUUCCCUCCCCUGCGACCUCUACAUCCCAUCAAGAUGCUGCGAUCUGUCACUAGACUAGCCGCGCCUGUUCGUGCCCGCAUGUACGCUACAUCGUCUAUCGAAUCCCUCGCCGUACGAUCCAUGGUGAGCUCGUUCCGUCGCCUCGGACACUUGGAAGCUCGGUUAGAUCCGCUCGGUCGCGAGACACCGAGCGCUGUCGACGAGCUGGCGCCGUCCGCGUUCUCGUCUCUGUUUUCCACUCCGUUGUCCUCUACUGGCGAAGUGUACUUCCCGCACGCCACCACCGAUAUGAAGGUCCUGUACGCUCAGUUGCGCUCGACGUACUGUGGCUCGCUAGGCGUGGAGAUCGAGCACUUGAAGCACAAGGACGAGCGCGACUGGCUCGCGGCACAGGUGGAGCAUCCGUCGCUGUCGAUCACGCCAAGCAUGGAGCGCAACGCGUGGACGAGCAUGCAAACGGCGGAAACGUUUGAACACUUUCUGGCCAAGAAAUUCUCGUCCUUUAAGCGAUAUUCUGGCGAAGGCGCGGAAGCCAUGAUGCCUGCGAUCCAGACGAUUCUGGACACGGCCAGCCAGCACGGCACGUCCGACGUUGUCAUCGGCAUGCCCCAUCGCGGCCGCUUGGCCUUGCUUGUGGGCAUACUUAAGUACCCCGUGCAUCAACUGCUGCGCAAGAUCCAGGGAUUCUCCGACUACCCGGAGCACAUUGUCGGGCUAGACGACGUGUCGUCCCACAUAGCCCAAAGCGUCGACGUCAACGGCGUGCAUGUGAGUCUGCUGCACAAUCCGUCGCAUUUGGAGAUCAUCAACGCCGUGACCACGGGCAAGGUGCGAGCCAAGCAGGACAGCGGCAAGGCCGCCAUGGCGCUGCUGUUGCAUGGCGAUGCCGCCUUCUCUGGUCAAGGCUGUGUGCCCGAAGGGCUCAGUUUGAGCCAACUGCCGUCGUUCACGACAGGCGGCACAGUGCACAUUGUCGUCAACAACCAAGUGGGCUUCACCACAACCAAGCAAGAUGGACGCAGCACCACGUACUCGACGGACGUGGCCAAAGGCUACGACAUUCCCGUGUUACAUGUGAAUGGCGAAGACAUCCCUGCCGUGAUUCGGGCCGCGCACAUUGCCGCGAAUUUCCGCCACACGUUCCAGAAGGACAUUGUGAUUGACUUGAUCACGUACCGUCGACACGGCCACAAUGAAGUGGACGAGCCGCGGUUCACGCAACCGGGCAUGUACUCUGCGAUAUCGUCUCGUCCGAGUUUGCCAGCUCAAUAUGGCGCCCAAUUGGUCGACAAGAAUCUUCUCACACCGGCCAAAGUGGAUGCGCUCAAAGCCAAAUUGAACGCCCAUUUGGAGCAAGAACUCCAGAAAUCGGCCACGUACGUCCCGACGACUGUGGCGGCAUUCGAAGGCAACUGGAAAGGUCUGCGGCAGCCCACGACGGCCGACAUGCAGGCAGCCGUGGACACUGGCGUCGAUAAAUCCAUUCUCCAAGCCCUCGGGGUGGCGUCGGUGACCGUGCCGCCUUCGGUGCCAGUGCACAAUCGACUGGAGCGCACGCACAUUCAAACCCGAUUGGCCUCAUUGUCUAAGGCCAACCUGUCCGACAUAAACGUGGAUUGGGCCACCGCAGAAGCCAUGGCGUUUGGAUCGCUGCUCCACGAUGGCCACUCGAUCCGUCUCGCCGGACAGGACUGCCGUCGCGGCACCUUUAGCCACCGCCACGCAGCGUUCACCGACCAAACCACCGACCAGCAUUACUUUCCGUUCAGAAACCUUCCCAAAGCACUCAACCCCACCGGUCGGCGUUUCGACGUCGUCAACAGCAACUUGUCCGAGCUGGCCGUGAUGGGCUUUGAGUACGGAUAUUCGUGGGAAGACCCGCGUGCUCUGGUUUUAUGGGAGGCCCAAUUCGGCGACUUUUUUAACGGUGCCCAGAUUGUGAUUGAUCAAUUUCUUGCGUCGGGGGAAACCAAGUGGAUGCGUCAAUCUGGUCUGGUGCUGUUGUUACCCCAUGGGUAUGACGGCGCCGGACCUGAUCACUCGAGGUACAAACUCCUGUUGUCCAUUUUACCUCAAAUUUGAUUGACUUUUGGGCGGAUUCACGAAAUCGAUCGAUCGAUUCUUUGUAUUGACUAUUGUAUGUAAAAAUUGCCCAGUGUCACACUAAUUGAAUUAACACACUAAUUCGAUGGUGCCCUGUUGGUCCAAGAGUGAAUUUGAUUGGCUACUUGACUUGUGACUGGGUUUUGAUUGGUCGAUUUAUCGAUUGUCGUCUGCCGAUUCAGUUUUUCUGCUCAUUCGAUGCACCCCAACCUCGAAUUUCGAAUCGACUUGACAAUGUUCUGUAUCAUCCACCCACACUAACUAACUAUACAUAUACUCCACGAAUAUUGAUACCAUGACGACACAGCUCAACUCGACUAGUAACAACUCGCGGUGACGACGAUAUGGUGGUGGUGAUGAUGUUAGUGGCAAACCAGAACGGUUUUUGCAGUUUGUGAAUUCGCGGGCGUACGAAACCGCGGCCGACACGCCCGAGUUGGAGUCGAUCAACUUGAGCAUCGUGAAUGUGACCACGCCGGCGCAAUACUUUCACGUACUUCGUCGCCAACAGCUGCGCGACUUUCGCAAACCGCUGGUUCUGUUUGCGCCCAAGACGUUGCUGCGACUGGCUCAAGCCACGUCCAGCCUCGACGACAUGGCGCCCGGCACGACCUUCCACUCGGUGCUCGGUGACAGUGUCGCACAACCCUCGGCCGUGCGUCGUGUGCUGCUCGUGUCUGGAAAACUCUACUACGACCUUGUGGCCCAACGAGCCCAGCAGCAGCACCAGUAGCCACAUGUCCUUUUCGUUUGCUCUUGUUGACGGAUAAUAUCGUAGACAAGAUACGGCGAUUGUGCGCGUGGAAGAGCUCGCGCCGUUCCCCGCCGACGCUCUCAAGGCUGAAUUGGCCAAGUACGCGAACGCGACGGAUGUGGUGUGGAUCCAGGAAGAACCGGCUAACCAAGGGGCAUGGGCGUAUGCCAAGGUGCACUUGGACAAACUCGGCGUGCCCACGCGGUACAUUGGCCGCCCAUCGCUGCCGGCCACGGCGCAAGGGAUGGGGAAGGCUAAUGCCAAGGAAGCGCAAGAAGUGAUGCGUCAAGCAUGGGAACUAUUGUAAUAACUAUAUCAAUUACCUUCCCUCCCAUA